CACUGGGGGAAAGGUCGCGGGGCGGCGGGGGCGGCGCUCGCUCGAGCGGGGACGGAACGGCCCGGCCCGGCCCCGGCUCUGCCACAAGCCCCGCCGCCGCCGUCGCUUCCACGAGCCGCUGCCGCCGCCGCCAUGGCUGAGCAGCCGCAGCCCAUCAGUCCCGUGAAGAACUUCUUCGCCGGCGGCUUCGGCGGCGUGUGCCUGGUGUUCGUGGGGCACCCGCUGGACACCAUCAAGGUCAGACUGCAGACCCAGCCCAAGCCGCAGCCCGGGCAGCCCCCGCUCUAUUCUGGGACCUUUGACUGCUUCAGGAAGACUCUGGUUGGAGAGGGAGUCCGAGGCUUGUACAGAGGAAUGGCAGCUCCUAUUAUCGGAGUGACCCCCAUGUUUGCUGUGUGCUUCUUUGGAUUUGGCUUGGGAAAAAGACUCCAGCAGAGAAAACCUGAUGAUGUUUUGACAUAUCCUCAGCUGUUUGCAGCUGGCAUGUUGUCAGGAGUGUUCACAACAGUGAUCAUGGCUCCGGGAGAGAGAAUUAAGUGCCUUUUACAGAUCCAGGCAGCUACAGGUGAAACUAAAUACACUGGCUCUUUGGACUGUGCAAAACAGCUGUACCGCGAGGCUGGGAUUCGCGGCGUGUACAAGGGGACAGUGCUCACCCUCAUGAGAGAUGUUCCAGCCAGUGGAAUGUACUUCAUGACGUACGAAUGGCUGAAGAACAUUCUGACCCCUGAGGGAAAGAGCGUGAGUGACCUCAGCGCGCCGAGGAUCCUCUUUGCUGGGGGCUUGGCUGGGAUCUUCAACUGGGCAGUGGCCAUUCCACCAGACGUGCUGAAGUCCCGUUUCCAGACCGCUCCUCCAGGAAAAUACCCAAAUGGCUUUAGAGACGUACUGAGAGAACUUAUCAGAGAGGAGGGAGUUGCAUCUCUCUAUAAAGGCUUCACAGCUGUCAUGAUCAGGGCAUUUCCUGCUAAUGCGGCAUGUUUCCUUGGUUUUGAAGUUGCUAUGAAGUUCCUUAACUGGAUCGCACCAGGUCUGUGAAGACUGCAAAGUCUUUGAAAAUCAGAGAAGAGAGGGAAGAGAGUACGAGUCUGCCUCAAAGGAAUAAAUGAAUGAUCACUUGAAGUUUCAGGAAUGAUUGCUUGCCUAAUACCUUUUUGCCUUCCUCAUAUUCUUUAGGUGGUGCUAUGUGCCGUUCAGAAAUGUAAAGCCGUAACUCUGAAAUAGAGUUGAUGAGGAGUUAAAGGUGAUACACCUGUCUUCUGAGCCAAUAUACCACAGCAGUAAUGCUGCUAACAGACACGCUACACACACUACCUUAAGUACUUCCUCAUGGAAGAAGAGUUUUCCUAAAUAUUAAUUCUUUAUUUACUGAAGAAACAUAGAAAUGAAUGCUGAAAAACUUAUUAGGCAGUGUGUGCUUAACUUUCAGGGCAUAAGUUAGCAGCUGCACAUACUAUAGUAUUGACAAUCGAUGUCAAGUAGCGUUCUUACUUCUUGCAGUUUUUUCAGUUGUCUGUUUGCAUGUUGACAGCAAACCCUACAUGCGUGUGAUGCAGCAAACACAGAACUAAGCAGGUGAGGUUAGAGUUAGGUUUGGGUGGGUUGAGGGGCAUUACAGAUACCUUACAGGAUAUUGCACGCUUACCUUUUCUGCGGAACUAAGGGGAAAAAUAAAUUAUGCUCAAACGUUUGCAGUAAACUUCACUAAGGUCGCCAGUGGGGAAAUGUUUACCUGAACUUUUCUCGGAAAUCCCUUUGUCACUUUCUGUCCCAUUGAACAUAUCCCAAAUGUGAUCUCACAAGAACAGCGCAAUUCAUAACAGCCCUUGAUGUACUCAAUGAAAUGUUGCAUCCUGCAGUUCAGAAAUUUUAACAGGACUUCUAAGAACUCAAACUAAGAACUCUGACACGAGGGGGGUUCAUGAAGGUGACACUGGCUCUGCCAUCUUGUCUAACGUUAUUCUAACUCCUGUUCCUCGGUUUUAUUGUAAUACUAUGGAGCACAAUCACAUUUUAAUUUGAGAAAUGACUAAUCCUAACAAGCAAAAAGCACUUUUAAUUUCUCCUAGUUUUGAUGCAAUGUUGUCAGAACUCAAUAAAGCUAGCUGCUGUUCGGCUA